AUGUCUGAUAUCGAAGAGCUCAACAUCACCGUGGCGGUUCGGUGUCGAGGACGAAAUCAGAAAGAAGUAGAAGCACGUAGUUCUGUGGUUGUGACGGUACCAGAUGUCACUGGAGAAAACGAGGUCUCGAUAAAUACAAGUGGUGAAACGGGUAUAGCAGCACAGCUGAAUUCGAGAACGUAUACGGUGGAUAAGGUCUUUGGUCCAAGUGCAGAUCAGCAGCUGGUGUUCAAGAGCAUUGCAGAACCGUUAUUUCGAGAUUUCCUGAAGGGCUAUAAUUGCACAGUUUUGGUGUACGGAAUGACCUCUACGGGCAAAACAUAUACCAUGACCGGAGAUGAGAAGCUGUAUGAUGGAGAAUUGAGCCAAGGAGCUGGUAUCAUCCCGAGAGUUCUUUUCAAAGUGUUUGACGCUUUAGAAGAUGCUAACAGCGACGAUUACAUGAUCAAGUGUACAUUUGUCGAACUAUACAACGAAGAAUUGAAAGAUCUUCUCGACGAGGCUCACGACUCCAACAAUAACGUACCGAAAAAACUGCGAAUAUUCGAUUCAGCGGGGAACACAAACAGUGCCAACAGUGGUAGUCGAACAAAUUCGAGAAACAAUUCACCAAAAAUCGCAGAAAGCCAAUAUAUAUCUUCAGCGGGCUCAAAUUACGCGUCGCGCCGCAGGAUGCGCAUGGGUCCUACUCUGCUGCCCAAAUCUGCAAGACCAGCGCUUCCAAAAUCCAGCUCUAAUGCGGAAAUUUCAUCUGCGAUUCACAUUCAAAACUUACAAGAGUUCCAUAUCAUGAGUGCCAAAGAAGGUAUACGGCUUCUGCAAAGAGGAUUGAAACAGCGGCAAGUCGCCUCGACCAAAAUGAACGACUUCUCGAGUCGUUCGCACACUGUCUUCACAAUAAUGCUAUACAAAAAGUGUGAUGAUGAAAACUUUAGAGUAUCCAAGAUGAAUUUGGUUGAUCUCGCGGGCUCCGAGAACAUUAACAGGUCCGGUGCGCAAAACCAGCGAGCAAAAGAGGCUGGCUCCAUCAACCAAAGUCUUCUAACCCUCGGUAGAGUGAUAAAUUCACUAGCAGACAAAAAUGCACAUAUUCCAUUCCGCGAGUCAAAACUGACCAGGCUACUGCAAGAUUCUCUUGGAGGUAAUACUAAGACGGCAUUGAUCGCCACGAUUUCACCAGCCAAAAUAAAUUCCGAAGAAACAUCAAGUACAUUGGAGUAUGCCUCAAAAGCUAAAAACAUCAAAAACAAGCCUCAGGUAGGAAGUUUUAUUAUGAAAGAUGUCCUAGUAAAGAGCAUUACAGCUGAGUUGGUCAAGAUAAAAUCAGACCUCUUAUCAACAAAGUCCAAAGACGGUGUUUACAUGAGUCAGGAAAACUAUAAGGAGCUGACGAAUGAGUUAGAAAACUAUAAGACUGAGGUUCGAGAAUGUCAGCGAUCAAUCGAAAGACUGAAUACACAAAACGCCAUUUUGCUGAAAGAACGAAAAGUUUCUAACGAGCUCAAUGAAUCCCAAAAGGCAAAGGUACGAAACCUGGGAGAUAACAUCGAAUAUCUGUAUGACAAGAUUGACAGACAACACAAAAACGAGCAAGAGCUAUCGAACGUCGUACAAGAACUAAUGCGGGCACUUCAUGUCAUGCGUAAAUCUCUUCAGCUCUAUGAGGAUCAAGGCCAGAGGUUUCAAACCGAAAUGGAAAAGGUGCUUUAUGACAACAUUGGAUCUUUUAAAAAAUCACUUAUCGAUGAGAUCGAAAAGCUAAAAGAAAAUGUAGACGAAGAUAGCAUCGAUGUUGACGGAAACAUAAAGAAUGUCAGUCAAGAGCUUUCAAGGAUAUUCGAUCGCUUAAGUUCAUCGAGCAAUGAAAUAAGUCAGAAAUUUAUCCAAGAUAUUUCACGGCAAACUCCAAAGCACUUUCAAGAGAUUCAAAACCAGGUAGAGAACAUUACCACAGUUGUAGAAACAUAUUCUUCGAGCCUGAUAACACACCUAAGCAGUAUCAGCGAGGAAUACAACAAUUUGAAAGACUAUCUCAAUGAACAGUUCUUCAAGAACAACUUCCAGGAAGCAUUGGAUGUUCAUGUUGAGCGCACCUAUCAUCAGCUGAAAGUAUCGGCCAAUACAGUCUUCAUGAAUUUGCGGGAAAUAAUGAAUGAGCACCUGGAAAAUAAUAAAACUACCAUGCUGCAAAGCUUGAGAAGUGCUGCGUCCGAGGUAGUUGAAAAGGAAAUGGGACUCUUGGAUCCGGUCAAAAUGGCAUGGGAGAAGUCAUUGGAAAAUAUUAACGAAUGCGAUAAGCUGAAUAAUAAAUUUGAGUCUGACAUGAGCUCUGCUGUGAAAGAGGUCUAUAGCAGGAUAGACAGAGCAGCGAGCUCGUCAAACGCGGCACUUGUCGAAAUUGAGAGCGACCUCGGGCAGCUCAAGGAUGUAUCUGCGAAUUUUCGUGACAAUAGCCUUAUACAAAACAACGUUGAAGGCAUCAAACGGAAGCACGAACUUCUUAAAGUGCAGGUACAAAAUAGCGCAGAUUACAUGCAAGCUGCCACGCACAAAUUUGGCGAAAUUGAUCAAUCUAUUCAGGACUUGUUGAGUACGCAGGCUACUCCACAACUUAAUAAUGAGGAGCGGAUAGGAAUACUUCUAGAGCAACUUAAUGAAAAACCGCUGAGACCUUUGGGCCCAUCGGGAAAAACUCCUAUGAGGACAACGUAUCAGGUAAGUCGUACAUCUGAAGUUGUACAACCGCCGAUGAAAAGGUCAUGUUCGACUUCGCCCAUCAAGGAAAUUGAUGGAAACAGGCGAGCUCCAUCUCCGCUUAAGCGAAGGCUACUAGAAGAAGACAUCUCGUUGAAGCCCAAAGAGAUAGAAUAG